AUGUCUAGGAGAAAGAUUCAAGAAGAUGAAGACCGCCCUGACAUUCCUGAUGGAGUCCAUUUUAAAAAUUCCUUGAAGGAAUUUCAAAGACUUGUUGACAAAAUAGUAGUUCAGAAGAAAGAGGAAAGACUAGGAUUGUACACAAAAGAUGCUGAGGAAAUGGAUUAUGAUAAAUUCUAUGCUGCAGUCCAGGCUCUGUUUGGUCCAGAAGUGAAGUCUCAAGAUGUUAAAACCUUCUAUAGGAAGAUCGGUAACAACCCAGAUGUGCAGACAGAAUGGUGUGAGAUUUUUGGCUAUUUCGUAGUGGAAGGUGAUGCUCUUGCUGCCCAACUUGAUGAAGAAAACAUGGUUUUCCUGGUAUCCAAAAGGCAGCGGAUUACAAAAAAAGGAGUCAAGAGACGUGAUGUGAUAAAGUGCAUGGUAAAGAUAUCACAGCUGGACUUUUUGAUAACAGCAUCUCAGAAAGGAACACUGUCUAUUUUUAACAGCCAGAUGAGAGUGAUGACGACUACCAGCAUUCCAGAUAGUCCAUGGAUCAAUGGAUGUGAUUAUCUGUAUCAGCUCAAGCGUGUGGUGGCCGUGACUGAAAGAACCAUCAUCAUCUGGGAUUACAAAUCACAAGGGAGUGUUGUGGAUACUUGUUUUAUCAUCAAACCCAUGGAACACUGUCUGCUGUGCGUCUGCUCAGUUUACCAACCAGCAGAACAGCUUGUGAAGGAUGAUAUCUUAAUGGGAGAUGAUGGAGGACAUGUCAAUUUGUUUACCUUGACAAGUGAUGAUUUUGGGCUAAAACAAUCUAAAAAGAAAGCACAUGUCCAGAUUUUAGACUCUAAGAAAUUCAGGCAUAUUAGACGCAAGCUUCAUGAAGACUGGGUUGUGAAAGUUAAGUACAUUCCAGCCUUGAAUUGUUUUGGAUCCUGCUCUUUGGACAGCGUUCAUUCUCUUGUUUUGGAUGACUUAAAAAGACUGGAGGACAACUUACCUGUCAGGGAUUUUUCUGUACCGAGAGGAGUCAAUGCUUUCACAUACUGUGGAAAGGCCAAUAUCAUUGUUACCGGGGGAGAGGACAAAGUCCUUCGUUUGUGGCAUCCCAACAUCAACACCAAGCCAGUGGGGAAGCUGAUGGGGCACUUAUUUAGCAUUAUGGAGAUUGUCACCAAUGAAAAAGAUCAACACAUUAUUAGCCUUUCCUCUGGGAAGAUUUUCAGAGUAUGGGAUAUCCAUACACUUUCACUGAUGCAAAUCUUCCAUGAUACUCAAGCAGGACCCAGAGAUGCACAGAUCUUUUCUAUGGUAUUUGACAAUAACCACGGCGUACUCAUUACAGGAUCAGCUGUCAUUGAUCUUUAUCCUCUAACACGAAUGAUACAAGACACAAAGCAGGUCCCCCAGACACAUGAAAGGAACAUCAAUGUGUUGUUAUACAAUACCGCCUUUCACCAAGUUCUUACAAUCUGUUCUGAGUCUAUUGUAAGAAUCUGGGAACUGGAAUCGGGGCAGCUAAUAUACCAGAUUGAGGACGCCCAUGGGCCUGGCAUUGAGUUGACAUGUGCAGCAACUGAUAAAAAUGGAUUUCACCUUGCCACCGGAGCGUGCGACGGGACUGUGAAAACAUGGGACUUUGGCAGUGGACAACAACUGAAGACAUUGCCUUUAGCCAAGGAAAGCAUUGAUAAUGAACACUGGCUGAUUCAGAUGAGUUACCUGAAGGCUAGUGAGAGCAAACAUGUGAUCUUGCUGUUGGAGCACAGUGGAACAAUCAAAAUUGUUCAGAGUAAUGAAGGUGAACCUCAGUUGGGUGUUACCUGGUGUCUUCCGGAAGCCCUGUCAUUGGCUCUUCAAGGCAAUCCGCUAAUGCCCCUAAGAUUGAGUCCCAUUACUAGGAAAGCAAAUGGAUUUUUUCCAGAUGUUCGAUUACUGCCUGAGAAGGAUCCUGAGGGAGCAGAUAUGGAGACUCCUUUACCACCCGAAGCAAAAGUGAAGUGCUAUGAUGUGCUAAGAGUUGAAGGUUACAAUUUGUUGGCAACUGCAAGUGCAAAUGGUGCGAUCAUCAUGUGGGAUUUUGAAUCAGCCGUCGCCAGACACAUAUUCAAAGCUGCUCACGCUGAUGAAACAAAUGAACCUGAAAUACUUGGAAUCAAUAUGUUACUGUUCCUCUAUCGAAGUGCUCUUUCUGUGAGGCAGCUGAGUCAGUCCUCCACCUACACUUCGGAGUCUCAGAGCGAUGAAACUCCCAUACAGGAGACAGAAGGAGGCGGUGUUGGCGGCAGCUCCGUAAGCAUAAAGAGGGAAGCUGUUAAAAAAGAGCCAUCCAUUGCAAUGAAUACAGUGGAAAGCCAAGGAUUAGUAAAACUACGGGAUUCAACUGUCUUGGAGAACAAGGGAUUACUCAAAGAAUUAGAAGAUGAAGAACAUAAAUACAUACCUAUCCUUGCCUCUGCCCAUGAAGAUGGCUGCAUUUAUCUCUGGACCAUCCAGGGGGAUCUACUGAGAGAAAUUUUACCUUUUACAAAACUUCCUGCAAUUCCUUUGACAGUUCUGUGUACUGACAUAUCUGCUAAAAUGCUUUUUGCAGCUAACAAAGAGGGGCAUGUCAUACGAUGGCAUAUUGGUUCAUUCUUAGAAGAUCCACUGGAUACCAACAAGCAUGUGAAGCAACAACUUUGCUGGCGUGCUCAUUCCACCAAAAUAGUCAGCCUUUUCUAUGAUGAAGAAAGGGGCUUAGUCGUGACCGCCUCUACUGAUGGCUCUGUCAGGCUGUGGCAUGGAUCCAGUGGAUACUACAUUGGCUAUUUUGGUCAGCGGCGAUUGUUUGAACUCUCGGAAUCCGCAGAUAUCAUUUUGCCUUGUGAUGUAAAUGACCUUCCCUUCACAAUAAAAGAAGACAGCAAAUAUAUGGAAAAAAGACAGAAGUUUGAAUAUCCCCUUGUGCUUGACCGGGAAAAGUGGAAGUCGCUGACUAGAAGUGCUUUAUCUUUUAAAAAGCCUGGACACCUGGAAGUGGACCAGGAUUUCAAGUUUUUCAAAGCUCUAGCUUCUCCUAAGAUUUACAAAUCUCCUCUGGAAAGUUUCAAAUCUGGAAACAAAGAUUUUGGUAUUGUGUUUGGGUCAAUACCUAUCUACCGGGUUGUAAGUCCAACAAAGCUGAAAAAUUUUCCUAGAAGGCGCAUAGAACCAGAUGGCUCUACUGACAGUAUCCGAAGCAAGCGAAGCAAAAUUAUGGCACCUUCUAAUACAGGGUCUUCCACCAAUGGUUCUCAAGUUGUCUCCCUACACUUUUCAGCUGUUCCAGCUGAACAAGGGGUCACGGCGGCUUUUGUCAUAAAAUAG